GGCGUCCGGGCCGGAACCGGAACCGGAACCGGAACCGGAACCGGAGCCGGGGCCGGGGCCGAAGCCGAAGCCGAGGCCGCGGCUCGAGGGCCGCGCUGGGCACUCGCCUUCGUCCUGGGAGGUCCGGUCCGGUCCGGUCCGGUCCCGUCCCGGUGCUCAGGAGCCCCGUCCGGUCCCGCCCGUCCCAGCCUCCCCCCGGCCCGUGCCAUUCGUGUCCACCUGCCCCCGCGCCCCGGCCCGGUCCCCGCUCCGCGCCCGGUCCUGCCGCGCUCUCCCCGGUGGCUCGGCCCGCGCUCAGCCCGCCGCCCGUGCGUGUCCCCCCGCGGUGCCCCCCGACGGUCCCCCCCCCUCCCCGCCCCGGUGGAACGGCACACGGUAGGCUGCCGCCCGGGGGUAGCUCAGCGCCGGGCUCCCGCCCCAGCUCCUGCCUGCCCUCGCAGCACCGGUGCCGGCAUUCCCGCCAUGGCCGGCUGCGGGGCCCCCGGCUCCCCGCCACGGCAGAGCCGCCCUGGCUCCGUGCUGGAGGAGGAGGAGGAGGAGGAGGAGGAGGAUGAAGAGGACCCAGCCCUGGGCUGCGACGGCGACCUGGAGGUGAACCCCUACGACGGGCUGCCCUUCUCCUCCCGCUACUACGAGCUCCUGCGGCAGCGCCGGGAGCUGCCGGUCUGGACCACCAAGUACAGCUUCAUGGAGCACCUGGAGGGCAACAGCGGCAUCGUCCUGGUGUCCGGGCCCCCCGGCACGGGCAAGAGCACCCAGAUCCCGCAGUGGUGCGCGGAGUACGCCCUGUCCCUGCAGUUCGCCCACGGCCUGGUGGCCUGCACCCAGCCCCACAGCCUGGCCGCCCUCAGCCUCUCCCUGCGCGUGGCGGACGAGAUGGACCUGAACCUGGGCCACGAGGUCGGCUAUUGCGUCCCCCACGAGGACUGCUGCACCACCGAGACCAUCCUCAGGUACUGCUCGGACGAGAUGCUGCUGCGGGAGAUGACGUCGGACCCGCUGCUGCGGCAGUACGGGGUGGUGGUGCUGGACGAGGCGCAGGAGCGGACGGUGCCCACCGACGUGCUGCUGGGGCUGCUGAAGGACGUGCUGCGCCAGCGCCCCGCGCUGAAGGUGGUGGUGGUCACCUCGCCGGCCAUGGAGGAGCGGCUCCGCGCCUUCUGCAGGGACCCCCCCGUGGUGCGGGUGCCGGGGCCAGGGACCCCUCCCCAGCUGCUCUACAGGGACCCACCGGCCCGUGGGCGCGUCGCGGCUGCCUGCCAGGCUGUGCUGGACAUCCACCGGCGGCAGGAGCCCGGCCACGUCCUGCUCUUCCUGGCCAGUGAGCAGGAGAUCACCGAGUGCUGUGGGGCCAUCCAGACCGAGGCCGUGGCGCUGAACCCGGGGCUGGGCCCGCUGCUGGUCCUGCCCCUGCACCCUGGCGUGGGCCGCGCGGCGCAGAAGGUGUACGAGGCGCUGGAGGAGGGCGGCCGAGAAAGGCGAGUGGUGGUCACCCACUGGCUCGCGGACUCGUCCUUCUCUCUCGGGACCGUGCGCUUCGUCAUCGACUCGGGGCUGGAGCUGCGCAGCGUCUACAACCCCCGCAUCCGGGCAGAGUCCCAGGUGCUGCGGCCCAUCAGCAAGAGCCAGGCAGAGUCACGCAUGCAGCGAGCCUCAGGCAGCCCCCCAGGCACCUGCCUGCGCCUCUACUCAGAGGCCUUCUAUGAGCAGCGCCUGCCCCCCAGCCCCGCGCCCCACGUCAGCGAGACCAGCCUCAGCCGCCUCGUGCUGCUGCUGAAGCGCCUGGACAUCGCCGACAUGGGCCAGUGCGACUUCCUCGACCGGCCAGCCCCCGAGUCGCUGAUGCAAGCGCUGGAGGACCUGGACUACCUGGCUGCCCUGGACGAUGACGGGAACCUGUCGGAGGUGGGGAUCAUCAUGUCGGAGUUCCCCCUGGACCCCCAGCUGGCCAAGGCGCUCAUCGCCUCCUGCGAGUUCGACUGCGUGGAGGAGAUGGUCAGCCUGGCCGCCAUGCUCACGGCUUCCCCCUGCUUUGUGCCCCCUUCCACGCACGUGGAGGAGGCCGUGACCGUGCGCCGGCGGGCCCUGCUCCACCCGGACGGAGACCACUUCACCCUCAUCAACAUCUUCAACGCCUUCCAGCAGCACAACGCGGACGAGAGCUGGUGCCGCAAGCUCGCGGUGAGCGGGGAAGCACUGCGGCUGGCCGGCGUCGUGCGGGCAGAGCUGCUGGACGUGAUGCGGCGCAUCGAGCUGCCCGUCUCGCCCCCCGCCUUCGGCACCGACGCCAACGUGCUCAACAUCCAGCGAGCGCUCAUCUCCGGCUACUUCCUCAAGGUGGGCCCGGGGGCUGCGAGGGGCCUGGCCGCGGGGCGGGGGUCAUGCCAGCCAGCCCCGCUCCCCUCCCGCUCCGCUCCCCAGGUGGCCCGGGACAUUGAUGGCUCCGGCAACUACGUGAUGCUGACGCACAAGCACGUGGCCCACCUGCCCCCCGCCUGCUGCUACCUACUGCGGCAGCCCCCCCAGCGCCUGCCCCCCUGGGUCCUCUACCACGAGUUCACCAUCUCGCAGGACAACUGCCUCCGCGUGGUCUCGGAGAUACAGCCCCAAAUGCUGGUAGAGCUGGCACCCCAGUACUACCUGAGCAACCUGCCGCCCAGCGAGAGCCGCGACCUGCUGAUGGAGCUGCGGGAGAAGGUGGUGGCCGUGGAGGAGGUGCCGGCAGUGCCGGAGCCGCGGGGAGAGGCGGCGGGCGGGGAGGAGGAUGAGGAGCGGGAAGCCUGUGUGCUGCAGUGAGCUGGAGCCACCGCAGUCCCCGCGUCGGGGCCACCUGGGCUUGGCUGUGACCACCGGGCACGGGAGAGCCCUGGGGAGGCAGCGCUGCUGGGGGGCCGACCCCAUCCCCAGGGACGCGCAGGCACAGCCUGGCACUGCCACGGUCACGGUGCCAGCGGCCACGGGACCGGCUCCCGCCAUCUCCCCUGGGCACAGAGCCCGUUUCGGGGGAGCGCCGGCCCCGGGGAGUCGUGCAGGCCCUCCCCGCCCGGGCUCCUUCACCCCGGGGGCUGCCGUGGGGCUGGGGCCACUGGCCCUGCCUGUCCCGCUCCCCCCACGCCACGGGGAGCAGGGGCCGAGGGGCCACGUGUGGGUCUCUCCUGUAUAAAGUUUUGUGACCUUUA